ACUGGUUUCCCUUCGAGUGAUGAUACUUUGAGCGAAAACAUGACUUUUAUUUUGAAGCUACCAAACAGCCACCUAGGAGUCUUAUUUUGAAGUCCGCGAGAGACCUCCUCCCGGAAGCACGCUCCAUCAUCUUUACUGUGUUGUGUGUGGGGGUUGGCAGGCAGAUUGUCAGAUGAGGACUUCGGUUCAUCGGUUUGAGUAAAACACCCUGUUUUUAUGGCAUGUAGAUUUUUAGCAGAGACAGAGUGAUAAUGCAGAUCCUCACUCCUCAUGUUUACUGGGCUCAGCGACACGGAGAGAUUUAUCUCCGGGUGGAACUGAGCGAUGCCAAGAAUCUUGACAUCAGCCUACAAGAAAACAACACACUUCAGUUCAGAGGACAGGGCCAUGGAGCUAAAGGAGAUAAUGAAUAUGUGUUCAGUUUGGAGUUCCUCGAACCUGUUAGACCUGAGAUCAAGCAUAAGUCCACCCAGCGUCAGGUGGACAUCAAGAUCAAAAAGCAGGAGGAGCGCUGGUGGGACCGGCUAACGUUGCAGGAGAAGAAGCCUCUGUUUUUGGCUCCUGACUUCGACCGCUGGCUGGAUGAGUCUGAUGCUGAGAUGGAGCUUCAGGCUAAGGAGGAGGAGAAGAUUAACAAGAUAAGUGUGGAGUCAAGAGUUCGUAAAGACCCCUUCCUCGGACUGAAGCGAGGCUACUUGUUUAUGUACAACCUGGUGCAGUUCCUCGGAUUCUCCUGGAUCUUUGUCAACAUGACUGUGCGACUCUUCAUUCUUGGUCAAGAUUCGUUCUACGAUACCUUCCACACCACAGCCGAUAUGAUGUAUUUCUGUCAGAUGAUGGCCGUGCUAGAAGUCAUUAAUCCCUUGUUGGGUCUGGUUAAGACUGGAUUUUUUCCUGCUAUGAUACAGGUGGCCGGCAGGAAUGUCAUUCUGUUCGUAGUCUUCGGCAGUCUGGAAGACAUGCAGAACAAAGCUGUCGUCUUCUUCGUGUUCUACCUGUGGAGCACCAUAGAGAUCUUCAGGUACCCGUUCUACAUGCUGGCCUGCAUUGGCAAUGAGUGGAAGCUGCUAACAUGGCUGAGAUACAGCCUCUGGAUCCCUCUGUACCCACUGGGAGUUGUGGCUGAAGCGGUGGCUGUGAUCCAGUCCCUGCCCAUCUUUGACGAGACUCGUCUAUUCAGCCUCCCCCUCCCCGCGGUGCUGGGAGACUCUUUAAGCUUCUCCUACACUCUGCAGGUCUACCUGGUCCUCAUGUUCCUGGGACUCUUCAUCAACUUCCGACACCUGUACAAGCAGAGGAGGAGACGAUACCGCUCAAAGAAAAGGAAAGUUCACUAAAUGAUCAGCACCUUUACUUUGCACACCCUCUCAACUGUCGUCCGCUCAAAAAUAAAGCAGCUGUUUUCGUUUCCUCUAACUGCCUUUUCUAAUAUUCCAACACAACACGCACACACGCACUGAGAAGGGGGCAGAUGUAUAAACUACUGUACGUGUACGUAUGUAAACGCUUUCCACAGUAGUUGAAAUUUAUAAAACAGAAUCAGGCACAGCUUCAGAAAUCUGACUAAAAGAACCAAUGUGUCUGUCUGUACACAGCCUUAGUUGUGAACCCAUGUAGUUUUAUGCAUCUGGCCCCUGGUGUUGGAGAACUGGUCACCUGAUUUCCUCCACUGGGUGAACUGUCAACUGUCUUCAGACCAAAUCUUUCUAAUCUUACUGUACCAGCUUGACGACUCGCUGUUGAACGGAUCCAGUGCUUUACUACUGUAAGUCUGAAUUGAUACCACGUUUAUUCUCUUCAAGUGUCCAUAUUUAUCAAAGAUGUCUAUCUUAAGCCAGGUUUAGUUCAGCAGAAACAACUUAAAUGAUAUUUGUGGAUUUUGUUUUUCUGUUGAUCUUCCUGUUGUGGACAUGACAGAAGUAUUUACAUACAGAGAUUUUUCGUUGGGAAAUGAAAGUUACAUGUUUUGCGCACAAACUCAAUGCAACAGAUUUGCCAUCGUCACGGUUUAUAUCUCAUAUUACUUAUAAAAUUCAGUACCCUGUUGAUUCAAAUAUAGGAAUCUUAAAUGGCUCUUCAAGGCAUUUUAAUCAUACCUAUGGGAAGGUUUUGUUUGUUUUUGUUUUUUAACACUGAUUACAAAUCAUGGAUUCCUCAGUGGAUUUCAGAGGAAAAAGUGAAUAAUAAAAAGUCCAACUCUCAACAUUAUACGUAGAAAUCUUUUGACUGAAAAGAUAGAUUUAAGUCAAAAAUGUUUGCAGUCUGUGAAAACAUUUUGUGUACAAUUUAAUUUGUAACGUUUCUUGACUUUAUUUGGUUCAACAGUGAGUUAUUUGGUUCAAUGUUUUUUUCUUUCAGUUUGAGCCCAGAUGAGAAAAACUUACUGACUUGGUGUAGACAGUUUUGGUACAGAAUAAUGAAAGAAGUCAUUACAGUUAACUUGUACUGGUGUACUGUGAAACCUUUAAGAUUUGCGAGUUGUUUGCCUCCUAUUUUAUCAUUUUUACACUGACUGUACUUUGAGUUCUUUGUUUUCUUCCACUCUGUUCACCUUUGAGCCUUGUCUUAAUCUGUUCUUCGAUAUUUAUUUGUGUUUUUUUGAAGUUGUUUGAUUUUGACUUACUUUUUCUAAAGUUGUUUGUUGGGAAGUACUUGCAGUAGACAUCCAGCUUGAUUUGGGAAUUUUAUUGUAUUUCAACUGACAGGUAAAUUCAGAACAAUGAUGCAUUUUAUUUGUAAGUUACAGUUAGUUUCCUGGCAGAAUAAACAUCAGAGUUCCUAUUUUGGA